AUGCGCAGGUCCAGCACGGACGAGUCCACGUACCGCCGGAGCCCGUCCCUGGACAGCAAGGAUUACAGCUUUCCCCAUGGCACCUUUCGCCGCUACAGCAGCAUGUAUGGCGGCCAGUUUGGGACCGCCAGCAACUCUUUUUUUGGCUUUCACACCAACCCAGGCCCUAAGGCCACCAAGGCUAAGUACACGUCUCCCAAGGGGAACAAGUACGUUGUCUUUUACCUGGAUCUCUCAUUUAUUUUUCUCCUAGAGCUGAAGAGGUGCAGCAUGGCUCACAACUGCCUGCAGUGCAUCAAGUACCUAAUGUUUGUGUUCAACCUCCUCUUCUGGUUGGGAGGCUGUGGAAUCCUUGGAGUUGGCAUCUGGUUGGCUGUUACCCAAGGCAAUUUUGCUACCCUCUCCUCUUCUUUCCCAUCGCUGUCGGCCGCCAACCUACUGAUUGUCACGGGGACUUUUGUCAUGAUCAUCGGCUUCGUGGGCUGCAUAGGUGCCAUCAAAGAAAACAAGUGCCUCCUGCUGAGUUUUUUUAUCAUGCUGUUAAUUGUAUUUCUGUUGGAGCUCACUGUUGUGAUUCUCUUCUUCGUCUACACUGACAAGAUUGACAAGUAUGCUCAGCGGGACCUGAAGAAAGGGCUUCAUUUGUAUGGGACAGAUGGAAAUAUUGGCCUAACUAAUGCAUGGAGCAUCAUUCAAACAGAUUUCAGAUGCUGUGGAGUCUCCAACUAUACUGACUGGUUCGAAGUGUACAACACAACCCGGGUGCCAGACUCCUGCUGCUUGGAGUUCAGCGAGAACUGUGGGCUCCACUCCCCGGGCACUUGGUGGAAGGCGCCUUGCUAUGAAACAGUGAAAAUAUGGCUCCAAGAGAACUUACUAGCAGUGGGAAUCUUUGGAUUGUGCACAGCUCUGGUGCAGAUUCUCGGACUCACCUUUGCAAUGACCAUGUAUUGUCAGGUAGUCAAGGCAGAUACCUACUGUGCAUAGAUACCAUUCCCAAUCUCUGUGCUUCUCCUCCAAAGGACACAGGAGAAAUCUCCUUCAUGCUCAUUCAUCUGACCUUUUUUCCCCCCUUUGUAAUAUAAACUGUGUAUAAUGCUAUCUUUCUGAAGAUUUUGUGAAUCACCCCACUUUACUGAAGGAGGAAGAAAAGACAAACUCAGUACUUGAACUGGCAAAGGUAAGAAGCAGCCUUGUCUUUAAACAGAAGAAAACCUCCAAGGAGUGAUGGUUACGUUUCUCUGGCCUAUGGCAAGACUGAGGAGGCUGCUUACAGGAGUUCCAUCUGCAAACGGAUGCUAGGAAAAGAUUGCACUGAGGAAACCUCUGUGAAAGCUGCUGAAAGCUGCCAGGUUGCUUUCUAGCAUAUCACAGGCUGGAAGAGAGGGUGUAGAAAAUGAGUGUUCUUCAGCAUUCAGAGAAGGUGCAGAGUAGCUAGUACUGAAUGCAACUGCAACGUUACUGCAGCUCACGCACAGGCAGAAUGUCAAGAGCAAGCUGCCCUGCCUCCAAGUGUCGCAAGAUGGUUUUGUAGCCAGGAGAGGAUCAUCUCCAGAAAUAUGCUAAUCUCAUUGCUGCAAAGUCAGACUUUUAAUCAGUUAUCUGUGCAGUGAGAUCUGGCUGUUAAUGGAAAAUAAUAUCGGACGUUGUCUCACUAAUUGCCAGUGGCGCUGCAGAUUGCUGGCUGUAUAUGUAAUAUAUUCAUAUACACCUACUGUUCUGAGAGGAGGUGAAAGACCCAGCAUCUGACCUCAGAAAGAGGAACCUUUCUAUCCCAUUUUACAUUCCAACUGAAAUAACUGAGUAUUAUUUCUUGUAGGAUACACUAUCACCUAUACCUCUGGGAAACAAGUAAUUACCUUCAGUGUACCUUCAUUUCAGUAAACAACUUGUGAGUGGGCUCUCUGUCACUCUACUAUUUUUUUUUCAUUCCUGUUUCAAGUUAGUGUGUCAAAAAGUAUCACUCAUUUCAACAGUUGAAGAUCCAUACAAAGCUGUCAGCUGUUCCUUCCCUGAAUGUCACCAUUUCAUUAAUUCAGGAUACCAUCAUCUGCAGGUAUGAUAGAGUUUGGCUUGCUGAAGAUAAAUCUUUUACACAUGGCUUAUCUUUCCUAGAGUUACUAAGACUUCAGAUAUUUUAUACUCUGAUUUUUUUUUAGCUGCUUCCUUGUGACAGCCAAGGCACAUUGGUCUUUGUUGCAAGCAGAGUCACCUCUCAGUUCAGUCUUUCAUACCCAUCUUCAUCCUUCUGGCUUCAACAGCUAGAAUCUCCCGCAUUUUGCAGAAUUUGCAGAAAUCAAAGUUUUUACUUUUCUAUGCCAGAAAACAGCCAGUUAACAGCUAUUAACUGGAGUAAUUUUAGUUAGCACCCUUCUGCAGGAACCAUGGCAAUGAGGUUAAGAAUCAGAUGCUUCGUAUCAUUCAGGCAAAUUGCAAAGAAUCUCCCAGCAGCAAGUAGCCCCAGGCAACACACGUGCGGUAAGGAGUGGAAGCAGCAUCCCAGGGAAAGGAGAGAGCAGGGAAGAGAAGAGGCUGUCAGAGUGAUUCAGCUGUCCUGCCCUCUGCAACCAGCUUGUCUCGGGUCUCUCAGCCACUGCCCGGGGAGAAGCUAGGCAGCCCAGGUGCCCAGGCAGCCAGUCCUACAGCUACAGGCUAGACACAGGCAUCAAGUUCAGGCACACGUUACCUGCACCCUUAAUGCUUAAAACAGGUGGUGUCAGCUACAAGUGAUGCUUUGAGUACCUUGAUAUAAAGGCAGUUUUCAACAGUAAAGCUGCACUCUUCCAACCCAUAACCUAUACAGUAGUCUCCCAAUCCUCUUCUAGACCUGCACCAUUAGACAAAUACAACUCUCAUUGCCCUCUUUUCUCCCCCUACCCCCCUCUCCUCAAUGAUUUCCUGCAGUCUUUUCAGCCUCAAGCCCAAACUGUCCCAGGUUUUGUGAAGAUGCUUAAGACAGACUGCUCUGUGAAACUCAAGGUACCUUUCAGGGUCCUACGCCAACCUUCACGCAGCAGCGUCUGCAGGCACUUACUUUUGCAGGCUAAGUUGAAAGUAACUUGUUAAGUCAUUUGUGUGCAUUUUAUGUGGCUUCUCACUCAUUAUCAUGGCAACCUCAUCAACCACUGACAGAUUUUAUUGCCAUACCAACAAGCCACAAAUGUUAAUAGAGCUUAACCCAAGACAGAGGUUCAACCGAGUGAGUAGCCCAAGAAUACACAGGACACCUCUGCCUUGAGAGAGACUCCUGGUGUUGCAAUCAUUCUAUGAAUUCUAUGCUCCACUUCCUGAGCUGAGACAAACACGUAGACUUGUUCUCUGAGAGCUGGGGAGAUAGUGUAAGUUUGCUUCUCCAUACCUCCACUCUUUUCUCUUCUUACCUGCAUAGAAACAAUUCUUAGAUGCACUGUUCUUGCCAUGGUUUAUUAUCAUAGUUGUACUCAUAGUUGCUCCUGCUGACAGCUCAGAGUUUCCACCACUGAAAAGCAGCAUAACAGUGAUGAACACAUCAAUAAAACAUUAAUUUUUUAAAAGAAAGGUAAAAAGAUGGACAAGGCUAUUUGUAGUGAUCCUUGCCAUUAAAAAUUAACAUGGAAAGCAGGCCUGAUGGCUCAGUUGAUGAGAGCAAACAGUUGUGCAAAGGAGCUCCCACACAGCGCACCUCUCCUCAGCUUCCCUGCUGCUGCUGUAGGGAGAUGGGAGACCACAGCCCUCGUCCUGUGAGUCUCCCAAUAAUGCAUGCCGAGCUCUGAGAGAACACAGUAGGCUAGAGUGAAACCUCCAGAAGAGACAAAACGAGAAACAGUAUGAAGACUGAAGAGAAGUUAUCCUUUCUGGUUCCCUCUAAUCAUUUGCCAUGGUUUAGACAUCUUUACAAGAUAAUCUGCCUUGGUUUUCAAAGAGAUGAUAGAGGCAGUAUGAGCAAUACUCUAUUUGUAAAUCCCAGUCACUGCAACAGCAACUUUCAGCAGUAACUGGGGAGAGGGACCCAAACACCAAACUCUCCCUUGCACUGCACAAACACAACUCUUACACUGCCAGAGAUGUUAGCGCAACUUACUGAUAGUCUGAACCAGACUAUUUUUUAUAUUUGAUGUUAUUAACUCUUUUCACAUAGCCCACCAAACAGAGGAUAUGGUGCUUAAAGCAUUACCAACACAAUCCAGUUUGAGACUCUGACCAUACUAUAUGCAACAAUACACAAAUAAGCCCUUUAUUUUAAAAUCUUAUUUUGGUUAAUUAUUUAAAAAAAGAGAUAUGCAGACUUUCUCCAUCAACAAAGUCUAAAUAUUUUGUUGUGUCUGUCACAGUAACAUUAAAAAAAUAUAUAUGUUCCAUUGUUGGUAAUAUACAGAAACUUUAGAGUGAACGGUUUGAUGAUAAUUGCCCUGUAGUAUAUCAGAUACCCCUUUACGGGUCUGCUUGUAUUUCAGGUAGACAGGACAACACAGGAGUCAUUCCAAAUGCUUACAUUAGCCUUUUGACACUUUUAAUAAGGUCUUCUAUAUUAUUUUCCCAUCUUUUUUUUGAACAUGAAGGAGGACUCAAUGCAUUUCAAUUGAAGACAGACUCAAAAGCAGCAAGCCCUCCUCAUCUUUAUUAAUUGCGCUUUCUGCUUGAUUACAAGGUGUGAUGGAACAGGGCACUGAGCUGAACCUGAUGAAUUCUGAGACCAAGACUUGGCUUUUAGGUUCAGUUUGAUAUGUUUUUGGCUCUUCUGUCUUUCCAUCUCCACAACUAUAGGAAUAUGUAUGAAUAUAUAUAAUAGAACGUGUUUUAUUUUCUUGUACAAUAACUGUCAGUUGCAGCCAGAUCUUAUUGCUUGUUUGACAGAAUUAUUAACUCCACAUCUUCUGGCACGCAAUGCAUUUCACUUCCAUUUCUCUUCUGUGAA